GCCAGCCAGGCGGCGAGAUGCGGUUGAAGAGGUUUCUGCUCCGGUAUUAUCCGCCAGGGAUCAUUUUGGAGUAUGAAAGAGGUGGAGAGCUGAAGACCAAGUCUAUUGAUUUACUGGAACUUUCUCCUGACACUAAUGUGGAUCUGCUGGUGGAUGAAAUACAGAAAGCUGAGCCUCUCAUUACUGCCUCCCCCAGUACCUCAGCAAGUAAAACAACUCUAAGUUUUACUAAGAUUGCAAGAAAAAAUAGGACAACAAGACCACCAACAUUUCGAUUACGUUUUAUCUGUUCAAGGUUCUCCGAGCUCACAUAUUACCUCUUACCAAUGUGGCAUUUAAUAAAUCCGGUUCCAGUUUCAUUACUGGCAGUUAUGAUCGAACCUGUAAAGUGUGGGACACAGCAUCAGGAGAAGAGCUGCAUACCUUGGAAGGUCAUCGAAAUGUGGUCUAUGCCAUCCAAUUUAAUAAUCCUUAUGGGGACAAAAUAGCCACAGGAUCAUUUGAUAAAACUUGCAAGUUAUGGAGUUCUGAGACAGGCAAAUGUUACCACACCUUCAAGGGGCAUACUGCAGAAAUAGUUUGCUUAGCAUUCAAUCCUCAGAGCACCCUGGUGGCAACUGGGAGUAUGGAUACUACAGCAAAGCUAUGGGACAUAAAGACAGGAGAAGAGGCUCUAACCUUGAGUGGACAUUCUGCAGAAAUAAUUUCAUUGUCGUUUAACACGACCGGAGAACGGCUGAUCACAGGUUCUUUUGAUCACACAGUGUCUGUGUGGGACAUUCCUUCCGGCAGGAAAUUUCACACCCUAAUAGGUCAUCGAGGAGAGAUCAGCAGUGCACAGUUCAAUUGGGACUGCUCCCUCAUUGCCACUGCCUCCAUGGAUAAGACCUGCAGGCUGUGGGAUGCUCUGAGUGGUAAAUGUGUGUCUACCCUGACUGGACAUGAAGAUGAGGUUUUGGAUGUCUCAUUUGAUUCCGCUGGCCAGCUGAUUGCUACAGCCUCUGCUGACGGAACAGCCAGAGUGUAUAAUGCAGUCAGCAGGAAAUGUCUAGCCAAGCUAGAAGGGCAUGAUGGUGAAAUAUCUAAGAUCUGCUUCAAUGCCCAGGGCACACGCAUCUUAACGGCCAGCUCAGAUAAGACUGCACGUCUAUGGGACCCUCAGACAGGACAAUGUGUCCAGGUACUAGAAGGACACACAGAUGAGAUUUUUUCCUGUGCUUUCAACUAUGAAGGAAACACCAUCAUUACGGGU